GCGAACACCGACUCAAACACACGCUGGAUGUGGCGAUCCUAGCACCAAGGACGCCAACGAUCCUGUCUUUUUCGGACCUUGCAGACUUGAAUAAUUCAUUUUCAGGAGCAUUCAUGAAAUAGCUUGAAAUUCAGAGCAGGAUAAAAAGAUGAUUUCGCCGUGGGACCGGUGGUACUCGACGAGCUGCUGCCUUUGCUGCCAUGUACGGACGGGCACCAUUAUUCUGGGAAUAUGGUAUAUGCUCAUCAAUGCAGUGGUUCUACUCAUCUUGUUGUCGGCUCUCAAUGACCCAAUUCAGUACCGCUACCACCUUACCAGCUCUGAGCUGGGAACUGACAUUGAUGUCAUGGAUGAUGCAAAUAUCUGCAUAGCCACUGCAAUAUCCCUACUCAUGAUUCUUAUAUGUGGCAUGGCAACAUACGGUGCUUACAAGCAACAUGCUGCUUGGAUCAUUCCAUUCUUCUGCUACCAAAUCUUCGACUUUGCCCUUAACACACUGGUAGCCAUUAGCGUGGUGGUUUAUCCCAACACAGUGCAGGACUACCUCCAGCAGCUGCCGGGGACAUUCCCUUACAAAGAGGACAUCAUGUCCACCAACAACAUGUGCCUAGUUUUUGCAGUCCUUCUCUUCAUUGGCUGCAUCCUUUCAUUCAAGGCCUACCUGAUUGGCUGUGUGUGGAACUGCUACAGAUAUGUGAGCGGCAGGGGCACCACAGAGGUCCUGGUUUAUGUCACCACCAACGACACCACGUUCAAUGAGUUGAUACCUCUUAAUGUACAAGGUUCUGCUGCCACCAUACGAGGAAGCCAUUGCCAUUCCACCCAAGGAGCCUCCUCCCCAAUAUAUGGAGGCGUGAGAUACAUCCUCACUGCUGGACCCUAUACCCCAAACACCCCCCUACCCCCCCAAACACCUCCAACAUCUCUCUCCAACAGUAGGACCCUGGAAACUGGCUGGGACAUGUUGAAAAACCAAGAAAAAGCAAUGUCUUAGAUGCUGGUUUCAGCUUGGAUUCCUGCCAAUUUUAGAUUAGAUUAGGCUGACCCUGAGCCAGUAUUGCCAUCAACUCUCCACCAUCGCUCCUGGUUGUUGUGACGUAUUCUCCUCCCCUCUCGUCUCCUCUGUCCUCCUCAUAGGACAGUAUCGCAGCAACUUUGAGACCGCUCCCUCUUGGCAGCUGCUGUCCCCUGGCAGCAUCUAAACUCUUGCACGCCCUGAACACUCUGUCCCAACUUAAUUUGCACUUUUCUUUGAGUGAAACGUGCACCCACCGGUCUGGCCACCAACUGUUAACCCCCAAUACUGUGAAUCUCCCUUGUGGUCUUUGUCUAGAAACAAACUACCUGAAGAGAGAUAGCGAUAGAGAGAGAGAGUGAGAAGGAAAGCGACAUACGUGAUCAGUUAUGCAAGAGCACUUUUUUCAGAAAUUGACAAAUUUCCUUCAUUGAAUGUAAUGUUGGGGUAUUUUUGUAUGACUUUUUUGUAUAACAGUAAAAACUGAGAGAAAAAGAAGUGAAUAGGAAAGGCUGUCCUGUUGUACUGAUGUAGCUCGUCCUGCAGGAUAUCGUAUUGAAGAAGGUUCCUUGACCAAUAACAAAUACGUCUUCCUUUUGUAUCCAUGUAACACACUGUCUGUAAACCUGUAACCCGUUAACUGCCAGUGAAAACCUUGUUCACCUAUUGAUUUCAAUCACAAUCUAUUCCAGUUUGCCUUCCUGCCCCUUUCCUGAACUGCUCCGAGAUCUCAAAAGACUGGCAUUAAUGUGAUCAUCCAGUGAAGCGAACACAAACCUAAAUGUUUCACUCAUUCACACACACUACAGAUUCACAUCGAAAAAGGCAUUACACAUAAAAAGUCCAAUGUGUAAACGUUAAUGAGUGAAUAUAUUUCAGUAGAGACGUCUGUCUUGUGUCCCCGUUGAGUUGCACAUGCAACAGCAUUGACUGUGUCUUUUUUUUUUUUUUUUUUUUUUUUACAUGGAUUAUAGUGUAUAAUCUGAUCUUUUGAGUUGAGCUAACUUAGCUGGACUGAGGGCAUUUUCCUAUAAAGACAGCGUGACAUGCUGCUGUACAUGCAGAGAGUGUAUGCGUGUCUAUGUUUGUGGUUGUGUUUGUAUGUGUGUGUCUGCUUGCUUGAGCGCUAUGUGUGACAUUAUGAUGUAACUUUUAGGUCCUUUAUAUGUAGUAACAUUGUUUUUUUUUUGCACAUUCAGUGACAUCAUUUUGAGAUAUUUCCUGUGCUGGUGACGUUUUUGACAUUAAUGAUGGAUGGGGAUCUUAAAGCAUUGAUUUAGCAUUGCAUAGUAGCACAAAAUCAAUAAACAGUAUGUGAAGCUAGUUAAACAGUGCAAAUGCUUGUCUUUUGCCUUGAAUUAUUUAGGCAAUCAGUUGAGCAUUAUUAGAAAUAAUAAUGGAACACAUAAUAAUCCUAUUCUUUCCAAUAAUUCCCAAGUAGUAUUUGUUAUGAACGGAGAGAAAAUAAAUCAGAGUUACAGACUAUGCAAUAGUGCAGUCACAACUUGUUAGACCUGGAAAUACAUGUAUACCAUGAAGUAGUUUUCCAUUUGAUACUAAUUCUGUAGUUGAUAAUGUAUCCCUUUGUUGGCCCCUUCAUCAUUGUCCCUGUGUGAAUUAUGACCACUGCUUUUGCAAAUCCAACAAAGCUGAAAAUGAAAUUGCACUUUAAAGUCAGCGUGAGCUCACUAUAAACCGUUGUGUUUGUGUUUUCUUCAUCGUUACCAUGCUAUGCUGUAGCCAAGUGAUUCUAAUAUGAUCAGCCGCCCGUGUCUGGAUGAUACAAGCUUCCAAAACAUAACAUCAACAAAUCAGUAUUUACACUGUGUGAUGUGACUGAAAAGCUGCAGAUUUGUGAUGGAAGGGGAAUUUUGAGCCGAGUCAUUCGGGGUUUAGAGGAAAAAGCUUGUAUCUGGACAAGUGGAUGGCUGAAGCCUCAUUUUAUUAGAAUCACUCAAGACUGUUCUCCAUCGCUUUUCCAUUCACACACAUCCUCUUGUUGGAUCUGCAUGAGCUCAUGUCUUCAAUUCUGAAUAAUAAAAAGCGAAAUCAA